AUGUGCACACCAUGCACUGCAAGAGAAGGAAAGCAUGCCCAUACAGCCUUCAAGGAAUUACCAAAAAUAAAACAGAAAAACGAUCCUGCCAAAAAAAGGAUUGAUAAAGCAAUGGAGUGGUAUGGAAAAGAAAUAGAUUUGCUGGUCGCUUGCCACUUUAAAGAAGACUUAAUUGGAGACUACGUAUUUCCCAUGAAUCAAGGGAAGAUACUAAUAACAUCACAAAGUGCAGUAAGGUAAAGUGUUGCUUGCCGCUCAAUGCAUCACACUAUCCAUUGGGGACCUGUGACACUUUUGCAACUGCACAGUGCAUAGCAAUCACACAAGCAAUGAAUAUGCAGUCACAGCUGCAGUUAAGGCACAUGGCUGUCUCAAGGGGGGACCCCUCCAGACUGGCGGUCCAGGGUCUAAUAUUACCCGGCUGUGCCACGGUGUAUAAGAACUACACUUGGGAAAUGAGUUUGUUUUUAGCAGAAGAUGUGAUAAACUCCCUCAUUCUUUUGCAAUACUAGAACUUGGAGUUAUGCAGAGAAGUUGACUUGUUUUUGUUAACUCAUGAAUUUACAAUAAUAAAUAAAACAGUGCAGGAUUAAACCCUGUGGAGGUCCCCAGGCAGUCAGAAUCUGCCCCCCCCCAAUUAUCUCAAAGCUUAUAUUCAGCUUGAUUGUAAUUUUCUUUCAAGAUCAAAUCAAUAUUAUUUUGAUCUGUUGUUGUGGGACCCAUAGGCCAGUGUCUACUCUGCCUAUUUGGUAAUUUGGCACUGUAAAUAAAAAUGACUUAAGAAUGGUACACAAAAUUAUGAUUCGUCUCUUGGAUCAUGUAUUGCAAAUCCUUGGGUGGUAAAAUGCCAUGGCCUGGCUCUCUUCUCUACCCACCCCAGCUCCUGGACUUCCAAAGUGGGCAUAUUUUUUGUCAUGUCUCAUUUUGGUUGAUUGCAAAUUACCACUAAUUACAAUUAUAAUUGUAAUAUCCUGGGAACAAAACUGUAAGAACCGAAUAGUUAGCUAGGCGAAAUAAGUUCGUUAAAAAACCAGCGUAACACAACAGAACAACUUAAUAAGAAAAUAUUAUAUACCGUAUUUUUUGCUCUAUAAGACUCACUUUUUCUCUCCUAAAAAGUAAGGGGAAAUGUGUGUGUGUCUUAUGGAGCGAAUGCAGGCUGCGCAGCUAUCACAGAAGCCAGAACAGCAAGAGGGAUUGCUGCUUUCACUGCGCAGUGAUCCCUCUUGCUGUUCUGGCUCCUGAGAUUCAGAAUAUUUUUUUUCUUGUUUUCCUCCUCCAAAAACUAGGUGCGUCUUGUGGUCUGAUGCGCCUUAUAGAGCGAAAAAUACGGUAUUUGUCCAGGUCUCCAUAUUCUCUGUGUGCACAGUGUAGUUCUUUUUUCAGUAUAGCCCCCUUACACACAUUUUUUUCUGUAAGCCAAAAUGCUGCAUAAUCCAUAUGUCUCACAUUUUCCUUAGGCAAUUGAAUUAAGUGAGGCAUAAUAUGAGCAUCAGCUGAAGCUCUGGUCUCUAUGGGCUAUAUUCUAUAACCCUUGCUCAGCCAUAAUUCCUGUUCCUCAUCUAAUAUUGAUGCACCCAGGAGCAAACAGCUGAAUAAGGCUGUGUGGUUUAUUGCUAAAGAAGCCAACAGGGUAACAUGAUGGAUCAAAGUUUUACUCUGAUCCACUCUGUUGUAAAUAUUGUGCUUGCUUUGUACCUUUUCAGCCUGCAAAACAAAGAUGUGACUUUUAUUGUUGCACUGCUGUUUGCCAGCAAUGUUUCUCAGAGCGUCUUGGCUGUAAAUGCUACUGGCAGAUGAGGAGGGGGGUUUCCUUCUAAGUGGAAAUAGUUGGGGGAGCAGACAUACCUUUUCAUUUCCACUCGCCUUGGUGCCAGUCGAAAGUUUGUUGUCCUUCAGCAACUCCCUUGACGCCCCUUCCAGAUGACUCUGGAAAUUUUAACAACCCUUGCGUGAUAUCAAGCCCACGUCAUGACUGCUUUUGAUCUCCCUUUUCUCAGUCAGAAAUGCCUCCCAGUUGUCAUACUCAGAAAACAUGAUACUGUUAUGGUGUAGCAUUUUAAGCUUUGGUGGCAGGCCUGUAGGCUUCCUGCUUUGCUUAAUGUGCACCAGGGAGUGUUUUCAUUCAUUUUCUUUGCAAUUAUUGCACGGGCAAUGGGGCAGACCACUGAUCACUGCCUAGCCUUUAAAAAAAAAAAGAAUUGACAAGACCAGGUGUAGAAUUUCCCUGGUCUUCGGAAAAGACAGUAUCAGCACUAUGCUGGUGAAUAAGCCAGCCUUGUAUCAGGCUGUCUGCCAUCUUAUGCAUAGCAGUGCUAGAAUUCAUGCUUGCUUAGUGCUGUGGAAUGCAGAAAGUGACCCCCGUGAACACAUAGCAGGCACUUGCAUUUAAUUAAAAAGCAAGCUUACUUUGAAACCCAUGAAUUUCCUUGGGAGAACUGUGGUGAGCCUUUUUGAUCACCUUUUGCAGCGCUCAGUAUUCUGACGUGCUUAGCAAUUUAUCGAUGCAUUUAACACUGCUGAAUAUUUAGAGAGCUGAUAUUUGGGGGAGGGAGAAUAAAAUGAUGUUACACGGGAAUAAAUUUUCUGUUUUGUUUCCUUGGCAGGAUGGCUGUACCAUGCUAAUGAAUGGUUCAUUCACUUAUUUUUGCAAUCGAAAUCUUAUUGCAUUGUAGUGAACUUGGAAGUUAUAAAGUAAAAAUUCAUGUAAGGAAUUCCUGUUUCAGGGGCAGUCAGACGUGUUUGUGGUUGAUAUAUGGGUAAAUGACCCCAAUCCAAUUCUUGUGAUAAGCAGCAAUAAAAUGCUAGUUUCACCCACUUCAUGCUGUGCUGAUUAGCAUUGCAAUAUCUGCACCAGCUUCUGUGCGUUUUUCUUGUUGGUAGAUGACUGUAUCCCGAAAAUAUUAUUAUUUGUUAGGUCAAAUGCAACGGUAGCUUGGUUAUCUUUAACAUUACAAUCCUAUGCGUCUUCUCGUAAAUAAAUCCCAGAAGAGAGUAUAGAAUUUUAGCCUAAGUGAGACACUACAAAGUGAACUGCGAAGAUUCAGGCAGAUAUCUUCUGGUUAACUUUUUUGUUGUUGUUGCAAUGUUUCAGUUGAUCCUAAUCCAGGUGUUAGAUUAUUGUUGCUUUAGAAUUCCCACCUACCUUUCUCCAUGGAUCAACUACCUGAAUCCUGCCCCCCCCCCCCCAUUUGUUAGGCCAAAGAUUUCUUACCUUCGCCUGUCUUUGGCUCAACAGCAAGCUUCAGAAUCCAGUUGGCCUCAGCCCAGUUUUAAAGCCACCAAGCUGCUCACUUUGGCUGCUUAUGUUUAACUUGAGAGCCAAACAUUUCUGCCAGAAACCAAAUGAGCCUUCAAGAUUUACCCACAAAAUCAGCAAGCGGACAAUGAGUGUGAUUUGCUUCCUGUUGGAGUCAGUGGUAUAACUUCAGUGUUGUUUAAUGAAGCUUGAGUAUACUCAACCCUGUAGAAAACACAAGAAAACCUUGUUCUGAGCACAAGGCUUAAGAAAUGUAGUGCUGUGCUGAAACCCAUCUUCCAAUUUCUCAAAGGUGUUCUUCCUGCAUGAAAGAGGCUUAUGUUUUUCUGCGUUAAUUGCAGGGCACUUUCAGUGUGUGCAUAGGGAUGGGGUUUUUUUUUCUUUAUUUAGCUCACGUUUAAUAGCAAGCGUAUCUAAUUCACACUUCCCUAAGCAGUAUGUGAACUUAAAAUGCAGCUAGCUAUCCUUCAAAUUUUGCGCUUCUCUGAAUUUUCCCAUGCAUUUUUCCAUUCUGGAAUUGUGCAAAGAUGUGCGUAAAAAUGCACAUCUUUGGGAAGAUGUACAAAAAAAUGCAUUGUACUGGGGAAAACUGCUUGAAGAUUUGUGUAUAAUUGGAGUAAUGCAAAUUAAAAUGCAGAUUAACUUUUGUUAGGACUGAGUUUUUUUUAAAAAAAUGCUAACUAAAUGUGGAAAUGUAGCAAGUUGAACUUGGAAAAAUGAGAAACAGAAAUUCACAGGUUUGGCUGUCUCUAGUGAGCUUUAACUGAGGUGCGGGAAACAGUAGAAGCUGGCUACCAAGCACCUGAUAUCAGUGCAUUUGCUAAUAUUUGAUUUUUAUUUUUUUACAUGAAGUCCUUCCCCUUGCCUUAGAAAAUCAAAAUCAAAAUCCCAUGCUUAUUUCUUUAAGAAGAUUUAAAAUAAUUCAGCUGGAAAAGUUAACUGUGAAGAGAAGUACAUGAGCUACUAGUAGUUUGCAAUGUAUUUUGCUGGAAACUGAAAAUAAAUCUUCACUGUUUUGAUUACGAGCCUAAAUUUAUUUGAGUAGAAUUAAGCCACUAUCAAGUUCUGCUUCAAUAUUCAAGCUGGAGCUUGAUAGUGAUGGAAGCAAAUGGGUAAUUACUUUGUAAACCUUUGAUUUUUGUUGUUGUUUGACAACAUUAGCUAUGCAAGCAUACUUGAAAAUAUUAAAAACUGAUAUUUAAGUGAAUAUUGGAAUAGGCAUAGGCGCUGCUGGUCUCCUGUACAGAAGGCAAUGCUAAUAGUUCCAUUAUUUAUUCCUGGAAAUAAUAUUCCACAACCAGGCUGGAGGCUCUUUCCCCUAUUGCUUCCAAUCAAACCUGUUUCUAGAGGCUCCUAGAGAACAGCCUCUCUACAGAUGAUUAUUCAUUAUUAUUCAGAGUUCAUUAUGAAAUCAAUGUGUUUUCCAUCCCGUUUCCAGUCCUCAUUUCCCCUCAAUCUUGAAAAGUUAUUGCAUUGUCUCUGCAACUGCAGUAUUCCUUACCUAGGAAAAUAGUUUUCUACCAGACAGCAGCACACAAUUAAAGAUUUACUUCUAGUCACACAGACUUUCCAUGCUUUAAACUGUUUCUGUAUGCCUGAUAGGUUAAAGAGAGAGAGAGAGAAGUUUGUCAAACAUCCUAAUCAAAUAUUAUGAGCAUAUGCAGUUUUUCAUUUUAAGCUCACAGAAAUCAUAGUAUUAUCAGCUGGCAACUAAGUCAAAUGGGCGGGGUACUACUACUACUAAUUAUCACAAUAAUAAUUACUACUAUUACUUGAGCAAUAAAAUGAAGCUUGUUUUGGUGUCCCAAUGUUAAAGAACACUUACUUAGGAGUAAGCCACGGGGGGAAGCCUGCAGGAUCUUGUUUCUGAAAGGAUCUUCAGCCUUCACUUCCGAAUUUAUUUUUCAAGAAGUUCCAUAGUCUCUUCCAUGUGAAGAUUUGAUGAAAAAUGUACUGGAGAUAUUUUGACACAAUUGCUUAUAUAAGGACUGGGUGAAAAAUAAGUCUGCACCAAACUGGUAAGCAAUUAGUACUUCUUGUUGUUUUUGAUAUUAUUUACAUAGAUCUGUGUUUUAUUAAAGUUAUUGAUUAAUCAAACUACUUUAGAUAAAGCAUUUGUGCUUAGCUUUUUUGGGCUGUUUUGCAUUAAAGAGGGGUUCAUAAGUUUCAGGUUUGGGUGCAUCAUUUAGUCAUGUUACCUCAAAUAGGUAUCAUGAAGCUGAAAAUGCUUCAGAAAAGAGAAAUCAGACUUAGAGGAGGGUUGGGAUCUAUUUCCUGAGAGGAUAGACUGAAGGAGGGGGGUGAAACCUGUGUCCCUGCGGAGCCAUAUCCACUGAAGCCAAUUGUUGGGGAUGAUGGGAGUUGUAUUACAGCAGAAUGUGAAGGGUCCCCCAUCCCUAGACGAAAGCAUUUGGGGAUUUCGAUUUUAGGAAAAAAAGAUGACUAAGGGAGACUUUAUAAAAUUAUGUAUGAUUAUAAGAAAAAUGAUGCAAGAUGAUGAGAAAAUGUUUGGUGUACAAUCAAUGAAAUUGAUUGCCAGGAAAGACACAGGAAAAUAUUUCACAUAACAUAUAAUUUAGAGAAUUUACUGCUACACGGCACAAUAUAUGGUGGUGGCCACAAGCCUAGAUGAGGGGUUAGGUGGAUACAAUAGGUCCCAAUACAAUCGGUUCCACAACAAAAGGUUGUGUGAUGUGCUCCAGCCAGCCAGCAAGUCAUGCCCUUUCCUAGAACAUUCCAUUCCAUUCCUUUUCCUCAGCCCCCUUCCCACUUUUCCUUCCAGCAGACAUUCAGCAUCAUAUCACCACUGAACAUGCUCAGUCCUCAUUGAUUCCCCCCCCCCAAAGUUUUUUGUUCCGAAAACCUUGGGACUCCAUCAAGCCUGCUGAAAACGUCCCUUCUGUGGAUGAAUGGCCCCCAAGUAGGGUUCCUCUUGCCUGUCCAAUGCAAACGGAAGCAGGGAUACUUGAAGAGCGAAGCUGCUAUGUUGAACCUGGGACUAGAUGAUCUGAUUGAUUCUUUCCAAAUCUGACAAUGGAAGGAUUGUAGCUCAGUGUUCAAGCAACUGCUUUGCAUACAGUAGGUUUCAGGUUCAGUCUUUGCCAUCUCCAGACAGGAUUGGGAAUGCCCUCGGACUGAAACCUUGGAGAGCCAGAGUGAACAUUACUGAAGUAUAUGGACCCAAGGGUCUGAUGCAGUACAAGGCAGCUUCCUAGGUUCCUAUAAUUUUUGUUGUUUGACUGGAUGCAUGUAUUCAUCCACAUACAUGACCUUAAUGCUAGGCAUGAUCCUAAAGUGAUCCUAUAAAUACGUCCUCUUGGUGGGGAGAAGCAAGAAAUCAUACAAACGGGAACUUUAAGACAUUGGAUACUACUGGCUGGGAGACUGUGAUACACAUGUUUUGAAGGUCAUGGUGGAGGAGAGGAGCACCCACCCACUCACAUUAAGACCACCACUGAUAGUGUAUUAUUUGGAGUACAGGUCAACAGGAGAAGGACUGAAUGCAGUUGAACAAAUCUCACCUUGCUGAUGGGUUUCCUGGUGGAUCUGGGGAGAAAACUUUGGAACAAAACUUAGCGUAAUUGAGAAUGCUUUUAUCCAUGUCUUAAAUUUGGAAACUGAAUUCAUCCCUCAAAAGACUUUUAUGAGGUCACCGUGUGCACAUGCUUAUUGACGUCUUAAGCUAUGGGUGGCUCGUUCUGCAUCUGUCUUGAAGCAUCUUAAAGUCCUGUGGUGUCACUCAAGUGUGUGUCUCAACCUGCUAAUCAGGAAGCUUCUGGGAUGUAAGUAAAGCUUUAACAUUGUGGUUGAGUGAGAGAGGAUAUUCGUAGUCAGGCAUUAUAAGUUGGUCACUUGAUUUUGAAUACGUCAUGCAUAUGAGUAUAAUCAUCCCUGAUUGGUUGUAUUCCUUAUGCUAAGCAAAAAGAAGCACCGAAAUAUCCUUUGCUCAUGGACGGGGUGAAGCAAACAGACAAUGGCUUCCUUCAAAGUCAACUUCGGAAUUCACGGCUCAUACAAUAUUUCAACUCAGAGCUUACUGGUGUCUGCUUUACUCUUCCUUUUUUUUAUUGAUACAAAGUUUUUUAUUGAUACAACAAAAAAGAAUAAAAACACAAAUACCAAAUUAUACACAAGAAUAACCAUAGACACAUAAUUUUCUUAGCAAACAAUAAAACAUCUAUUGGUCUUAACACUAAAGACCCAACCUUCCAUCUAUUCCAUAUUUCAAAUUCAUAUUACUUAUUGCCAAUUUUAUCAUAAUUAUUGCCAACUUUUAUCAUAAUUAAACUUACUCUUAAUAAAUCUCUAAUUUCUUAUAUCUACCUUGCAACUAUUACUGAAGUUCCUCGAAUGCUGCAACAGAAUUUAAACUACUAUAUUUAUUUUUCAGAUAUUCUUUGAAAACCUCCCAUUUUGAAACAAAUUCCUGUUUUGAUUUAUUCUUUGUUUUUUCUGAUAAACCAUCUAAUUCGGCAUAUUCUGUCAGCUUUUGGAUCCAAUCUUGUAUAGAGGGGAUUUCAUUACUCUUCCAUUUUGCUGCGAUCAAAACUCUUGCUGCCGCCGUCGCAUAUAAAAAGAUAUGCUUCCUCUUUUGUGGAAUAUCCAAAUCUGUUAUUCCCAGGAGGUAGGCCUCUGGUUUUUUAUUGAAAGAGAUCUUUAGCAUUUUUUGCAGUUCUGCAUGGAUACUCUCCCAGAAUACCAGUAUUUUCCUACAUAUCCACCAACUUCACUCUGCUUUACUCUUCCAGCUCUCAGGAUAAAUGAUACCAGACCUGUCCAUAAUACAAACUCCGGGAGUGAGUUUAAGGUACAACCCCAUUGGUGCAACAAAAAGGAAACUGGCAUAACACAUGAGCAGGCCAUGGGUUGCAACCUCUGAGUAUCUUGUCCCUUCUCAUGAUGAAACUACCCUGAGAUCCAUACUAUGGAACCACCUCUUUAUAGAGGCUCCUCCCCUUUUCAAUAUGUGCCCAAAUCCCUAUCUGCUCCCAAGUGGCAGUUGCAAGAGCAAGUUGUGUUUAUAUUGGAACAAAUGCAAGAUGGGAAUGGUCUACAGCAGAUAUGGGGAACCUAUGGUCCUCCAAAUGUUGUCGGACUCUACUCCUAUUAGCUCCAGCCAGCAUGGCCAAUGGUCAGGGAUGGUGGAAGUUGGAGUGGUCCAACAACAUAUAGAGGAUCGCAGGUUAUCCAUCCUUGACAUUGAGGAUUGCUAUGAAUAGGUUGAAAAGCCUGACCAAUCAGAUGUGCUAUCAAUCAGAUGUGCUAUUGACACGGAGUAUAGAAAUAAAUUAUUGCUGAAUUACAUUACAAAGUCAGAUUAGCUGACAGGGAGCUAGAAGACAAAUGAGCCAUGGCUUCUCCGUUUCUACACGUGCAUGGAAAACUGCAUCUGGCAGCCCCUCUGUGAAGUUAUAGACUACAGCAAUCAUUCUACUCCCCUCCAUGUUUCAAUUGAAUCCAGAAUACAGCCCGGUUUGAAUUAGCACUGUGCUAAAACCAGCUCCCUGAUUUCUCAAAGUUUUCAGCCUCUGUGAAUAAGGAUUCUGGUUGUUGUUUUCUGGCUCUUUAUCCCAGACAUUUUAGAAUUUCUUCAUAUUCUCAGUGGGCUGGGGUAGUGAGUGUGUUUUUCUUUCCAUUAAACAUGUCUGCCAUCUCCCUGAUCUGAACUCCCUGCCUCCACAUUGCAGGAGAUAUUUCAUGACACCAUCCUCAAGCUUUGAUGGAAGUAUGUGAAGCCGGUGUGAUUGGCCAUUCGGUGCCUGAGAUAGGAGCAGUCACUGGUUUUGUUUUUCUAAGUGAAGCCUUUUCUUUUACCUUAAACUUUCCACACUGAUUUUGUUAAAAAAAACAAUACUACUGAUUUUCAGCAUUACAAUGACAUGAAUGUACAUUUAUAUGUUCAAAACCAAACCGACCAAGCAAUAAAAUAUUGAAACGACGACAAUGGUUCUACUGCAGUUAUUUCACACCAAUGUUGGGGAGGGUCGGGAGAGGGUAGUUGAAGGAAGAGGUGUUUAGGUGUAUUGAUUGGCUUACCUAUAUCAUUCUCCCACACUGCAUGAAAUGAUGUAUAGAGCCGAGUCCCUUUUCUGUGGACAGUCUGCCAAAGGCACUCACUCUUGAAAAGCAUCAGAGGCCUGAGCUCACCCAGUUGCCUGAGAUUUGGGGCACAAUUGACAGUUGGAUGCCAUGAGGUUUUCAGAGAAUGAAAAAUGGAGGCAUCUGGGAAGACUGCGGAAGGAAGGAAAUUCAAAAGUAUCCUUGGCCACCAAGAAAAACCCUGCACCCCAACUGCAAGAAUGUCACCAAACGUUUCUCUCCUGUUUCAUAAUAAAACGUUUCUUACAAAGUGAUGCAGAAGUAAUUUUCAGCACAGCACUCGUUUGAAUGGCUGAAUAGGCCAUGGUGAGUGGUGUCCAUGGGCAGAAAGCAACAGUAGGUGGGACAGAUCCAGUGAGAGGCUGAGAACUAGUUCUAAGCUUUGUCUCCAUCCUACUCUGUGCUGAGUCCCAAAAGCGCAAUGCUGAGACUAAGGAUGGAGAAAGCAGCAAGAAGGUGGGCAAGUGGGGACUGACUGAGGAUAGACUGAGGUUGACAAGGCACCAAGCACCCCACUCCUCAUGGACUAAUCCUAGGACUCCUCCCUGCCUUUGGCAGAAUGCCACCACAAACCAUGCAGAGCAGGGAAGUCACAGCGUUCUCUAGGUGGGCAUUGCUCCCCGCCUGCAAUAUUGCCCUCAAUUUUUUUGUACAAAUCUUGUUGCAGUAAUAUUACGUAUUUUGCCAGCAAUCAUAAUUUGGCUGAGCUGAUGCUCUUGUAAUGUUUUGGUUAGAAAUCAGACUAAUGGCAAGUAUGUGCUGCUUUCCUUUGUGGCGCUGCUGAACAGGUGGCCGUCCAAAGGGUCACUUUGUAUAUUUAGUAUCUGAAACUUGAUCGAGACCGAAUCUGAUUGGCUGCCCCAAGAACAUCAUAAUUUAGGAGCUGAUGCAUCAGAUGAAUGCUGCUUUUGCCCAGCGUUUCUCAGGAGGGAGGACAGUUGGAGAGGCUUUGCUGCUAAGGAAAUUUAUUUAAAUAUUGCUGGUAAGUUCAUUUUUUAAAGUGUUGUUUCGUUUUCUGUAGAAUUUAUCUUGGCCAAUUUGUCUCUUCAAAUACUUUGUGGCCUGUUGGGACUUCCAUCAGAAUAAGAGCUGAUAAACAUUUAUUUUUCGAGCAUCUGUUUAUUUUCAGUGAGGCAAGACAGGAAGAGAUUGUAUUGGAUAAGGUUUUACUGAGGAGAGAUGAGGUCCUGGCUGUGUAAUCUGGGGAUGGUAAAACAUACGGACUUGGUAGAUUAAUGUUCUCCUAUUUAAGUAGCUCUUGUGUUUUAUUUCCUCAGAAUUUUGGCAAGUUUUGUUGGUGAGGCACCACUUUUAAAUCUUAUUUUAUUCUACCUUUACUGAAGAAAAUUGGCACUAGGAAGGGACAGUGUCUAAAGAGCCUAUAUUUAACCCACAGUACUGGAUUGCCACUUGCCUCAGAAGGAAUUGCUGUUUAGCUAGCUAAACAAAACCAGCCAAUCGCUCUGAGGUAUUAACUUACAUGGCAAAUAUAUUUGAACUAGGAAGCAGCUGUUGCAAACCUUCAUGUCCUUGCCCGCAUUAGAAAAAGGGGCUGCAAACCCAGGGCACCGCAGGGCCUGCUGAAUUCACAGUUCUAAUGGAUUCAUUCAUUCAUUUUAUAUUUCCCAGGUUUGAGAGGAAAAAUACAUAAAGAAAAGAGGCACAGAAGCAAACAAUCCUUAAAGGCCAAUGGUGGGAAGACAGAAGUUAACUUCAUUAACUUAAGGUCAUUUGAAAUACAUUGCUGAAUUUGCACGUUUGCUGAAAUUAGACUAUUGUUAAAACAGCCUUGCAAGUAAGACCAAAAAAGUUAUUUGUUCAUAAAAACAAGUGGCUGCCAUUUAUAUUGAUGUAAAUGAUGGUGUGACAUUGAUGGUCUGAAAGAAGGAAGCAGGCUGGGAAGAAAGAACUAACUAUUCUAGUUUAGAUAAGCUGCCUUGACUAGUCACCUGCAGGCGACUUAUAUUCACCCUUGGUGACUAGGCAGGAGACUUUUUCUAAGUUUGUGUAACAUUACUGGAUAGGAGAAUUCUCCACUCUUAAGGCCUACAUCUCAAAUCUUCAGCAAGCAUAUUUGACUUCAGUAAUAAUAAUAAUAAUUUCAUUAUUUAUACCCUGCCCAUCUGGUAACAUCAUGUUCUGUGACACUUAUUUUCUGGUUGCUGGAGAGAAAGUUCAAAGCGUUAUGGCUGUAAUCCCAUGGAUCAGAACUGCAUGUGAUAUUUCCACCCAGAAAAGAUUAAUGUGGAUUAACCACUGCUGGUGUUUUGUCUUGUGCUGGUAGCCGCUGCCAGCAGAGAGGUGCCAAUUAUUUCUCUCCUCCUAUAGGCUCUUGCACAAGGUAACAGAUGCAUGCCUGGGAAUUGCUACGGGUGUGACUGAAAGUUUCCCACAAGUUCUUCAAAAUAGAAUCACAUUUAUUAUAUGGGGUGCUCUGUUUGGCCAGAAACAUACUUCAUACUUCAACUUAUUUUGCAUGUCACAAAUGUCCUAGUCACAGAAGAAAAUAGACACAAUUUUGAAUUCACUUAGUUAGCUCCACAUACUUGCUUACUGGCAUUCUAAUAGAUUAGAACUAAGUACUAGGAGAAUCCUCCAGUUUGGACACCAAAAAAGCCAGUGUGAUUUAGCUGGACCUAGUACCUUUUGGCCAUGAAACUCAUUGGGUGACCUUGGGCCUAGCUAACUAGAACAGUGAAAUUCUGUUGCUGACUUAUAUAGCAGCCCUCUUGAGUGAAGAGGGCAGUGGCAUCAUAUCUGCAAGUCCCAUCCCAGUGUCUUCACACUCACAGGAGACUUUUGGAAACUGAGUGAGAAGAUCUGAAGUAAGCUUUUAGUUAUAUUCAACUCUAUGCAGUUAAAAGCUUUGAUGUGACUGGGAAUCCUGCAUUAUCAGGGUUCCUUACUGUGUUGGAGGUUUCUAAGUGCAUUUAUCUCUAUGUGCUUAGAACUCCUCUUUGAAUCUUUCUGUCCAGUGUUGGGGUGCAGCACACAGGCUGCAGGCUGAGGCGCAUGUCCCCUACAUACCCCUUCUCCAUCCCAUGUUGCUUGUACUCUUGAACAGGCCAAAAAGUGAAAGGUAACUUUCAUAAUGCAACUUAGUAGCACCAGAAAUAUGCAAGGCUGAUGUAUGAAAAGAGGACAGAGUUUCAACAAUUAAAAAUUGGUAGCCUAGAGUUGGGGUGGGCGGACUUCAGGCAUAUGAGGUCCACUGUGUGUUGGGUUUUUUUUCACUAGAACCCAAGAUCUACCAACCAUAUGCAAAAAAUAUAGGGUGGGAUUAAACUAAAGAGUUGUGUCAGUGGAAACCCUGUGCAAGGACUUCUGCUUCCACAGUGUGGCUUCCUUCCCCUGCACCCCUAAAAUUGGAAGAACCCUUGGAACAGUGUGUAGGGGGUGGGGAGAGGGGGGUUGUUCUGUCUGGCAAGCCAAAAUGCUUGCCUUGAUGGAACAAUCGCCUUAGCAUGGUGUUGAAUUCCUCCCAUGUUGUUCAAAUGAAAGAACAGAGCGUACAUUCCAAGCCUAGGAAUUUGCUUUCAGUACCAAAACCAAACCGAGCUCACAGUCCAUUUGCAUAAAAGUCCCCUCCUGAUGAGCUUUCUUCAUUUCAGGCACCUCAUUUGGGGGGUGGGGUGGAACUCACUUUGUUAUUGCUGUUGUUGAACCAUUGUGUAUCAAAAACAAUUGCCGAUCUACUACAAAUCACCCAGAGAUCUCUCUGAUAUGCUUUCUGCCCAGUGCUGAUAUAGACUAUGAGAUAUAGUUAUAACUGAGAAAAUUAUAUAGAAGGAAGAACUAAGGCAAUCCAGUGUCUAAUUUUAAAAACAAUCACCGUAUUUUUCGCCCCAUAGGAUGCACGUUUUCCCCUCCAAAAAUGAAGGGGAAAUCUGGGUGCAUCCUAUGGGGCGAAUGCUGAGCUUUGCUGAGCUUGGAGAGUGAGAGGGGUCGGUGCGCACCGACCCCUCUCGCUCUCCAGGCUUCAGGAAGACAUCCGCAGCCUAGGCAGCCCUGCGGGAGUUCCGGCAGGGCUGUCUAGGCUGCGGAUAGCAGCCUGCUUCCCGGAGCGCCGGGCGCCCCGAAAGCAGAGCGCCCUGUGCUUCGGGAAGACAUCCGCAGCCUAGGCAGCCCUGCGGGAGUUCCCGCAGGGCUGUCUAGGCUGCAGAUAGCAGCCUGCUUCCCAGAGCGCCUGGCGCCCGAAAGCAGAGCGCCCGGUGCUUCAGGAAAGCAUCCGCAGCCUAGGCAGCCCUGCGGGGUUCCCGCAGGGCUGUCUAGGCUGCGGAUAGCAGCCUGCUUCCCGGAGCGCCGGGCGCCCCGAAAGCAGAGCGCCCGGCGCUUCAGGAACACAUCCACAGCCUAGCAGAGCGCCCCGCGCACCCGGCAGACAUCCGCUCUGCUUCCAGGGUGCCCCGCGUGCCAGGCUGCUAUCCGCAGCCUGGGAGCCCUGUGGGAACUCCCGCAGGGCUGCCUAGGCUGCGGAUGUGUUCCCGAAGUGCCGGGCGCUCUGCUUUCAGCGCGCCCGGCACUCCGGGAAGCAGGCUGCUAUCCGCAGCCUAGACAGCCCUGUGGGAACUCCCGCAGGGCUCCCCAGGCUGCAGAUAGCAGUCUGCCGCCAGGCGCGCGGUGCGCCCUGAAGCAGAGCGCCCCGCGUGCCCGGCAGACAUCCGCAGCGUGGGGAGCCCUGUGGGAGUUCCCGUAGGGCUCCCCACGCUGUGGAUAGCAGCCUGCUGCCCGGCGUGCGGGGUGCGGGGCGCCCUGAAGCAGAGAGCCCCUUGCGCUGGGCAGACAUCCGCAGCGUGGGGAGCCCUGUGGGAGUUCCCGUAGGGCUCCCCACGCUGUGGAUAGCAGCCUGCUGCGCGGGGCGCCCUGAAGCAGAGCGCCCCUCGCACUGGGCAGACAUCGGCCAGCCCCACAAGCUCGGGGGACAGCGGGGAGGCGCAGCGCCGCCAUCCCGCUGUUCCCCAACCUGUUCCCCAACCCGCAAAAAACUAGGUGCAUCCUAUGGGAUGGAGCGUCCUAUGGGACAAAAAAUACGGUAUGUUCUUUUAUAUAGUUUUGGAAAGACAGCUGGUAAUUGUAUGGUUUGGAAACUAAGUAGAAAGAUGCUUUGCAAUGCUUUGCAAUAUUGAGUUGCAGUCAACCAAGUUCUGCUCAAAGGAGACCCACUGAAAUUAAUGGCCCUAAAUUGAUCACGCCCAUUCAUUUUAAUGGGUCCGCUACGAGUAGAACUAACAUGAGAUCCAACUAGUAACUUUUUUUUUUCUUUUUGCAAUGAUACCAUAUUUUCUGCUUCCUUUUUCUCUCUCUCAUAAGAUACUGUAUAUUUAUAUUAGUCUGAUAUUUUAACAGCAUAACAAAAUCCACGCAUAUCCUAGUUUUGGGUGGUAUCCAGCUAACAAGUCUCAUCAGGCAAGGAUUUACACUUGUGCAAUGGAGCUUUCGCCUCUCCUCAUCUUGUGUGUGCCCUGUAAAUCUGUUCUGGGGGGUUGGGGAAACCCCUCAAAGAGAUUUAGAGGGUGUGCAAGAGGAGGAGAGGGGCACAGGGGUAAAUCCUUGUGCUGACGGGUACAUUAUUUGGAUGCCUCUCUUUGAUUGCUAAUGCUCUGUGGCAUUGAGUUCAUUGCGCUGAUGUUCAUUUUUCCACCUCUCUUGUGGCCAGCGAGUAG